AGUUUGAAAGGUUUUGCCGCUUAAUGUUGCUUCAUAAUUUGUCGCAGUUUUCGAUUCAAGUAGACCACUGAGUAGAUCAUCAGGAACCAGCAACUAAGUCGAGACUCGAACCGCCGAUACAAGACUCUUCGUCGACAGCAACGCAUUAAAAGAUCGUCCACUAGAUAGCAUCACGGGUCUGCGUCGUCAGAAUGAACGAUGGCGGCGCAGUUGCCGUCUCCGCGCCUACGCCAUUACAGGACUAUGACGGCGAUUUGUUUUGUUUGCAAUUUACCGAUUCUGUCGCAUCAAGUUGGCCUGGUUUGGCAGGGAGGCAACGGUUGGGAUGACCUAGUUCGAGAACAGCUGGAAGAAUCCACCAUCCGCCAGCGCUUAGGUGGUCGGCGAGAUUCAGCUACGCAAAUAUGCUCAAUCUCCCCGCCCACGGAAACGCAAGAGACCUCACCUCCCGCACCUGGCCGACGAAGACGGUCAUCUCUAGCACAACUCACAGAUAUCCUCCGCGAAUGGGGUGGCAACAAGAAACAACAGAAACAGCUCCACCGAAGAGAGACCUUGGCGGAUCUUGCCAGGAGUCUGCCGUGGGGAAGACAAUCAACCACAGAGUCUGGACCGACACCUAGCAUUUGCACCAAAAAACGAAGGGAAUCGAGUGCCGACUCGGGCAUUAGGAGUAUGGGUUCUAAAUCUCGACGGGAUUCCCACCAUACCGCCAUUUCCGACUUCAAGACUGAAGUAGCGAAGCUGUGGCAGCGGCGCGAAUCAGUUUGCAAUGUGGUUAGCCCCAGUUCCGCAACUGCCAGACGAGAUAGCGGGGAGUCGGCUCGUAGUGGUAGAAGGGAUUCAACAUCUUAUUCGCAUCAGGCUUCAAGGAGGGGUUCGGGAGAAAGCGGAAAAAGCAAAACGGAAGUUUUCGAGUGGCUUUCUUGUUUACCAGAUCUCUUAAUCCUAUGGAUAAGAUCAAGAGAAAGAUUAGAGCUCGUCAAAAAUAACCCUGGUGCCACAGAGCCACUUAUACAAGCGGUAUUAGCGGAAUGGGCAAAUGUUCCCCAAGAAGAAAUUAACACUUUGAUGCAUAGCAUGACUCGUCGCGACGUCGGCGAUUCUAGAGGUAGAAGAGAUUCCACAACAAUAAUUCCCCCACCUCCACCGCCACCGAAAAUUGUCGCUGCUCAACGCAAAAGACGCGACUCCAGAGGCAAAGUCGAGCCUCCUUCAUACUACAGACAAGAGCAGAGGCCUUCGACCUCUUCAACCGCUUCGGAUUCUGGUGCAUCUGCGGGCCUCCUUUUAAGUGCCACCACCACGGCAACUGCGUCUUCGACAGAUUCCCAAUCGCAAUCUGUUCUGCCAUGCCCCACGAUAAUAAUGUCGAGCGUUACUCCUCCCGCUACUUCUCCCACUGUGCCUACGACGACAGUAACAACACCGACGCAUCCUAUGUUGACGACAAGAAGAGAUUCUACCACGCAAUGCGGAAGACUUGGCAGAAGGGAUUCCAGAAGUCACGCAAGUCCCGAGAGAAGAAGUUCGAGACUUCAGAGACAAAACACCGCAUUUGAUGAAAGCUUGCCUCCGGGACCUAGUCGAAGAGGAUCCCAACCCACAGCUUUAAGUCCAGACGUGGAUGAUACGGGACGAAAAGCAAGAAGGGAUUCAUUAAGCCCAGACUCGGCAUCCAGGGGAAGGCGUGAUUCAAGAUCACACUUAAGUCCGGACAGGUCGGGAGAAAGAGACCUAAGUCCAGUCAGACGCAGUCGCCGUGGAAAACUUAGAAGACAAUCAACAAGCAUUGCGGGAAGACACGGCCAUAGGUCUCCAGAUAGUUCCAGUUGUUCCUCUCGAGAUCCCAGCCCAUGCAAUCGCGGUCCGCCACCUACCACUGAAAAUUAUAGACCAGCAAUCAGACGACAAUCCACAACAGAAGAAAUUCUUAUAGCCAGAGGUUUUCGCCGUCAGUCUACUACCGAGGAAAUGAUAAGAUGUAGAAAUUUUCGAAGACAAUCGUCACAAAGUGACGAAUGCCAAAGAUAUCGAGGUAGAAGAGAUUCGUCCGUUCAAAUAGUGGACGGAACCGUUGCAUCCAUGACAGUAGAGACUAGCAGUACGUUUUUUGAUUCCAGUACUCAAACAGGUUGGCAAUCGAUCCAACGGGGGUGGGGUUCGGCACAGUUUGUUAUCCGGACGCAAGACAACGACGUCUCCGACGUCCGACCAAACAGUGCGUUCCACAUCGGCGACGAACGCGGAUCACAUUCAAACUCACUCCGUUGCAAACUGUGCAUGCACCCUGUCGUGUUGUCGUUUCAAUUGUCCUGUUGCGUCUUGAAACAUUCUCCCACCCCUAAAUAA